AUGAAGACUAAUUAUUUAAGAAAUUCCUUUGAAUAAUAAUAAUAACCAUUUUAUCAAUAUUCUAAGAGUUAAAUUGUAAAUUAAACUUCAAAAUAAUCAUUUAUCAUUAGCUAAAAUUAUCAGAGUCAAUUGUUAUAAUUAUCAAUACAACCAAAAUAAAAUGAAUAAAGGAAAGCUUCAUAUUAAGAUGAAGAAGAAAAAAAAUAAUAAAUGGCCUAAGCUAUUCAAGAUUAAAUUUAAAAUAAUUAAAACAGAGAUGAUUCAAUUUAAAAGCCUUUUGUGGAUUAAUAUUCAUAACCACUUAAUGAAGAUGUCUAGAAAGACUAAGAUAUCAAAUUAAAUACUUUGAUGACUAAAUUUUUUGAUGUAGAAAUACCCAAUUUAAAUAAUGUUAGUAUAGCUUAUUUACUUGAAGAAUUAAAUAAAUGA